UGUCUUUUUUUCGAUGCUCAGAAAGCUUUCCAUUGGCUUCCGCAGGACAUGAUCGGGAGUCAUGCUGUCUGGAAUCCUUCUCGUGUUUUUGCUGAUAUCUUGGAAUAUUUCAGUGUACUUGUUCUCCGUGAACCCGUCACUAGUCGUCGAUGAAGUUUAUCAUGUUCCUCAGGCGCAGCGGUAUUGCGAUGGAAAUUUUUCAUACUGGGAUCCGAAGAUAACAACCCCGCCGGGAUUGUACGUAUUUUCUGCGCUGAUGUCGAACAUUCUCGGAAAAUUCCGAAUCGGGGAUGCUUGUUCAGUAUUCAAUCUUAGGUGUCACAAUGUUUUAUUGCUGUCGCUUUUGCCCUUUUUGGUCGCUCGGAUCCUGGAAGCUAGAAAGGGUCCUUUGUCAGCUCCAGAGGUGUUGCUCACGAUGACCGUACCUUGUUUCCCGGUGCUAUAUUUCACGUCUUUCUUCUACUACACGGAAACACUGAGCGUCGCCCUAGUUCUCAUUGUUAUUUGGAUGCGAUAUAGACGGUGGCACCUCGUCGCCGCAAUUUUUGGAGCUUUUUCCACCAUGGUCCGACAAACCAACAUAAUCUGGCUGGGACUAAUCGGUGCAGAUGCGGUUUUUGAAUCCGUCAUCGACUUUUGUAAGCUGCAUCUUAAAAAGAAGAAGCUUGAGUUGAACCAGUUGGAUCUCAAUACUCCUACCAUUUUGAAGGUUAUAUAUACAACGGUUGUGCAUAAUAUGCAUCGGAAGAAGCGUUUUGAUCUGCUGCUCAAGAUUCUGUUCGUUGCAGUCCCUUACGUGAUCGUUUUAGGUGCCUUUGUCGCUUUCGCGAUUUGGAACGGAGGAAUAGUCGUUGGAGACAAAGAAGCUCAUACAUUAACUCUGCAUACACCUCAAAUCUUGUAUUUUGCGCUCUUCACUUCGGCGAUGACGUGGCCGAUCCUUUUACCUGAAUUGCGUCUUUUUCUUGUCGGGUUAAAAUCUCCUGCUGGGAUGACCAGAUUUCGAUUUCGGCGUUCAGCUGUCAGCAUCAUGGAAGGAGGAAUGAAGUGCAUAAAAUUCUUGGUUUUCAUCUUCAACCUGUUAUUUGCUCUGUCCGGUCUGGCCAUUUUGGCUACGGGGGCAAUCAUGGAAGCAGCGUACAAGGAAUACCUCCAGUUUUUGCCGAAUGAGAUUUUUUCCGCUCCCUUGAUUUUGAUCAUCGUCGGUGUUAGUAUCUUCGCGAUUGCCUUCUUCGGAUGUUGCGGUGCAAUGAAGGAAAGUAACUGUCUCAUUCUGACGUUUGCUGUCCUCCUGGGCGUCAUUUUCAUUCUGGAAAUUUCUGUUGGGAUCGCUGCUUACGUUAUGAAAUCCGAGAUCGAGAAAGACAUUUCUGUCCGGAUGACGAAGUCCGUGGAGCAAGUUAAAUUUGAUACCGACAGUAUCCUGAAGAGGUCGUGGGAUGUCAUCCAAACUGAGUUCAAAUGCUGUGGAUCGUCAAAUUACACGGAUUGGGAGAAAAACCCCACGUUCCAAUCAACCUAUCCAAAAUCCUGUUGCGGAGAAGCGGGAACAGCUUGUACUGCUUCGUCGGAUACGUUGUAUCGCUCUGGCUGCUUGGACAAACUUUCCGAUUUCAUGAAGGACAAUAUUACUAUCAUUGGUGGAAUGGGCAUCGGAAUUGCCUUCAUUCAGCUUAUCGGGAUCGUCUUCGCCUGUCGUUUGUCGAACUCGAUCCAGAAUGAAUACCAAACUGUCUGAAAAACUGAAGUGAAGGCGAGUUGAGACCAUCAUGUUACUUGUUGAGUAUCCGGUUCAACUUUCAGGAAUGUCUCUUUUUAUUUGCUUGUAUGAGUCGUGAAACUGAAAGUGUUGCCAAUUGUUCAGAAGAUUCUCGGGGAGCAUGUUCGGGUGUGAUUCAUUAUUUCGUUUGCCAUUCCGCGAAGAAACUGGAACAAUCUCGAGUAGGAUUUUUUCACAUUAUUUACUGGCUUCGGUGUGCGUGCAUGUACUGUUUUUGAAAGAAAAGUUGUGGUUCGGAGUCGGAGAUUCAUAUUGAAAAUCGAUCUGAAAUGGUGGUAGAAUUAUUGAGUUUCUUUUUUUUGUGCAUCGGUGAUGCUGUAUGAUGCAUUGAUUCAUUACUUUGAUGUAAAUUUUUUUUAUUAAGGAAUAUUUGCUUAUUGCGUUACGCUUCGUUAGAUAAUUUGUGCAUUAUUUCUAAAUGUUCAAGCCUGCAGGAAUUUUAAAACUCGCUCACGAGUGUGCACAUGAGGAAUUCGAACUUAAAUCUGUAUGCUUCAGCUAAAUUUUGGUGCUCUAUUUCAGAAGAACCAUUUUGUGUGAACAAUGGCUUGUUGCUCGUCUGCUGAAAACUUCCGCGUGUUUAGUCAUUAUUGAAAUCUUCCAUGCACGUCAGCAAGAGGCAAUUGCAAGUCCUUUUUUUUUUUAUACGCAGGAUUAUCGUUGGAAGUAUGCUGAAUGACAUUUGGUAAUUUGUACAUUGUAAUCGAGUGCUUGAGUUCAACAAGGAAUUGCUGAUGACUUUUGAGUUUCUCACAUGUUUUCUGUUGAUUUUUCGAUAAUUAUUUGGCCGCGCUGCACACCCUGAAAUACGAAGGAGCUCAUUCCAACUUUGCAGAUGCGUGAAGGAUGGUUGGUUUCUACUCAGAUGUUCUGUGUUCCAAAGCAAGGGUGUGUUUUUAGUGAAGACAUAGACAGCCGAAGAUUUUUUGUACUCGAUGUAUCUUGCAACAAGGUUACUGCUUGUCCAGUGAAACGCCUGUUCCCGCAGAAUCCUCACUUUACUUUUUUGGGAAGUGAUCUCCCCUCCAAUUUUCAGAUUGUCCAUUUAACGUCUAUCUGAUAUUUUAUUACUGAGAUAGUGACAGCAAGAACCCAAGUCGAAGACCAGAAUCCCGAGUGCGGUUCAUGCCUUGACCGAUCAUGACUUUUCAUCUGAUUCCCCGAAGUGGAUAAAAUUCUGACCAACCCAACAGAAAAGAAAUAAGCAGAAAACCCUGCAUUUUGAGUAGCUACGUCCAACUCUACGUUCAGGAUGCGGCCACAGCAACGAAGAUUACUGAAUUUGUGUUUUGAAUUGUGUUGAAAAUGGAAGGCCGAGCCACUUCCAAGAUGAAAGAUCAAUUUUUGGGCGGCAUGAAAAUUUCAGGGUUAGUCCGGUAGAGGAGAAAACUGGCCAAAGCUCCCGAAUGCUGCCACCAUACUUUUCGAACGGAUUUUCCUGGUGAGGUACAGCUUUAAUGAAUCAUCCAAUGAAUGAAUUCUCUGCUCAAUGCAUCGGGAAAAAAAAAAGUAUUUGCUUCACUUGCGUGGCUGUUUCAAGACGAUUUCGUUUGCUCAUAGGCUAAUGCUGAGCUCGGAAAAUACACUGUUCGCUUAUUGCUCCCGCGGAUUAAUGUUGGCUGUAUAUACCCUUUGAUUUUGGACUAGUGUUGAAUGGUAGAUUGGAGUGUGCUGUCUUGUAAAGCGUUCCGUUUUCUUAAUUUAAUUGAUUUUUGAGAGUGGUGUAGCUGCCAGGAAUGGUUUUCUGAAGAAUUUUCUAUUAAUUGGUUGCUUUGGUUUUCUGGUGCGGGUCAGUUGUGACAAUAUCAAAAGCUGUAUUUUCUCAUGCAGUGUUUUUACCACCAAAGGAAGGGAUUCUCUCCUUUGGGAAUUCUUAGAGUCGAGAUCUUGAGGGGGCAACCGCGUUAAUUCUCUGCCUCAAGUCAUGUAAGCAACCCUGCCAUAGGAAGAACAUGUGCUAUAUCUGUUUUUUUUUAUUGGCGUUAUAGUGGUUGCUUUCGAAAUGUUGUGUAGCAUAUUUUCCCUCCAAAUCACAUGUACUGUAAUCAAGGCAUUUGGGGUUCUGAACCUAACUGCCAUUUUUUGUGUUCCGCUUGGAAAUGGGAGUGCUUUAAAAAGUGUUUUAUUGGCUUUUGUUCUUGUCGCAAUUGGUAAAUGAAUGUCAUUUCCACCAGGA